AUGGAUUAGCAAUUAUCUGGGGUGCUCAUAAAGAGGGAUAAAUGGAAGGCUGAGAGUAAGGUGACGAAGUGUGAACAUUGCGACAGACAAUUCUACUAUUUGUUUAGAACCAAACACCAUUGUAGGAAAUGUGGAUUGGUAUUUUGUUCGGAUUGUAGCAGCAACUUCAUCGAUGGCAUUCAUUUCGCAUAAAACACAGAGAAGAAAGUAAGAUUGUGUGGAGUUUGUUAUGAUUAAGUAUUAAAAUUGUUGAAAGCAUAAGGAUACAAAUUAGAAAAUGCAUUUGAAACCAGAGUGGUCAGUGUGUCUAUUGACAAGGGGUAAUUGAAUUUAUCGAGAAGAGAAUCGAUACAUAAAUUGGAUGAUCAAUCCUACUCUAUCUCCAGAUCACAAACCACUCAAGUGACUGAAGAAUAGGAGGAUAACAUGAAUAAUGAUUAGGAAUUCAAUCCUGAGAUCAUUUAGGUGAGUAUACAAAGUUAUUUUCCCCCUGAAGAGUAGAACAAAAAUAAGGAAUCUGAAUUAUUGAAAUCCUAAUUGUCACUCCUGAAAGAAAAGUGUUAUUCUUAAAUGGAAAAUAUUUGUGAUCAUAGUUUAAAGAUCUUCAUUCAACCUCAACGCAAUCACGACAACCACUUCGAAGGACUCAAAUCAACGACAUUUGAAUUUGUGAAGCGAGCAGUUGAGGACAUUUAGUUUUCAUCUCUCAACUCCGACCCAUUGGACAUCACUUGCUAUGUGAAAACCAAGUUGCUCCCAUACAAGGAUUACUCAUUGACUUGUUACUUCCCAGGAAUUGUUAUCAGAAAGAACAUUGCGUUGAAGAGAAUGUAAACUGAACUCUACAAACCUCGUAUUUUGAUUAUCCAUGGGAAUCUGGAUUUCAUAGAAGAGACUUAACAAUUUGAUGAUUUCAUAUUGAAAGAAAAAAGAGUGCUCCAAGAUUACAUCGAGAAAAUUAAAGAGAACUUCAAGCCUACCAUUAUCAUCGUUGAGAAAUCAGUCAGUAAAGUGGCAUUGGAUAUUUGUUGCAAAUUCAACAUCACAGUUGUUCAGAAUGUGAAGAUCCAUCAAUUAAGAAAGAUAGCCAAAUGCACAGGUUCUAAAUUUGUGCGUCUAGACAAAUUGGAUGGCUAUAUACAGAAGGAGACAUAGGUGACUGGGAAUUGUGAGAAGAUUUUCUUUCGCAAUUUCCCAAGGCCAACUCUUGACAAAUAGGAUGUAAGUGGAAAGGAUAAUACACUGAUGUUCAUUGAAACAAAGGACGGCAAGAAUGGAGUGACAAUUAUGUUAUCAGGACCACAGGAAGAUUUACUAUAAAAAUGGAAAUAGUGCAUUGUUGGAUGCAUGAGAUUGGGCAAACACUUCGAUGUGGAAAGAUACAUAAUAGUGUGUGAGUAGAAAUUAAGAUAAAAUAAACAAUUCAAUUUUUGUGUGGGUGAUUUUACAAAGUUUUUACAUGAAAAGGUGAAUCUCAAAGAAGUCAUCAAACCUGAUCUAGCUUAUGUAAAAAUUAAUUAUGCUAGAGCAGACAUUCACAACUUUAAUGAUAUCAAGGACAUGAAUGCCCUAUUGGCUUAUUAAAAAGAGUUUCCACCUCAGAAGGAUAAGGUGGUUGACUUCUUUGCUGAUAUGUGCAACAUGCCAACUGAGAAACCCAAGGCUUAUUAUCAAUCAAAUGAUGAUAUGUCCAUAGGUGCAUUCAUCAUUCUCAAAGUGGCUAAUCUGCAAUUCAGAUGCGAAUAUUGUAAAUUGCCCCGGAAUAGUCAUGUUUCCAUCUAUUACAAUGCUGGCAGAUAUGUGAAAUUCAGUGUGGAUGGGUCGAUGAAUCAAAUCAAAUAGAUAGUGUUGCAGAAGGAAUAAUCGCAAGUUCAGCAGAGUGAUGAGAAUAGAACAUUUCUAUUGAAAGACUUGCCAAGCAUCAUCAAACAGAAUCAUUCCAAUGAAAAGAUAUAGAUUGAAACUUACUUCGAAUGCAAUCUCUGCAUGCAACAACUAACAGAUAGGGUCAUCUUGAGUUAGAAAUACUUGGAGUACUCCUUCUUAAGAUUCUUGUAGCAAUUGUUCCUCACUCAAAACAAUAGUACAAAUCAAUUUCAGAAUGCAACAUCAUGCAAUCACACUCAAGUGUAAAGAGUCUACUCCUAUUACGGGUAUCAGAUGAAAGUGAUGGUGGGGGAAUUCGAUGUCUAUCAAACUACCUUGUUGAAUUUCUCUGAUAGUUCAUUAAGUGAUCAUCUAAAAAUUUGGGAGUAGAACUACAUCAGACAACACAGAGAUGAAUUGAUGAAUAAGUUGAAUACCUUUGGAAUUACAUUGAUCAAUCUCAUACCCAAAUCAUUAGCCAAAGGCGAGAUUGAUUUACUCAUCAAAUCAAUUAAACAACUCAAGGAGGAAUGCGAGAAGAUACUGGCUGAAACACAAUACACAUCAAUCUUUUAAGUUCUCAAGUAGUCCCAAGACUUUGGACUCCAGUACAAGAACAUCAUGCAAAGUAUCCAAGAACACAAGAAGAAGAAGGAAUUGAAUCCAGAUUUUAAAAAUAUCAUACAGAAUGCUGCUGUGAAUUUGAAGAAUCAAGAUUCCAUCUUAACCAAUAACACCAAUACCAUCAAGACUACUUAUGAAUUAGAGAAGGUUGAUUCUGGAAACAAUUUAAAUGAAGUCAAGCAGUAUCAUUCGAAUUAAGAAUUAGAAGAACACCAUCUCCAAUCAGGAUAAAAACAUUCAUUAUAAGAAAUUGAAGAAACAAAUCAUAGAGAAAGUUCAGGAAAGAAUGAUUUGAGUGAUCUUAUCAUACCACCCAAUUUUUCAUCUGACGCUGACAUCCAAUAGUCACCUCUAUUUGUUAGAAAUCACAGAAGAAAUGGAUCUGAGAUUCAAAACAACUACGUCAUUAAUUUAGUUGAUGCCAAUCAAGGGUUACAACAAUCCAUUCAAAAAACUCAUCAUGAUUCCAAUAAAGACCUUGACAAUGUGAAUAUUAACCAAUCUAACAAUUUCAUCCCUGCUGUCGAUGUCAAUUAGAAUAAUAACUUCUAAAAAGAAUGGAAUAUAAGUUCCUUCCUUGCAGAAUAAUAGAAAUUGAUCAAGUCUCAGAUGAUUUAUGUAAAUGUUUAUUCUUUACUCUAGGAAUUUGUUCCAAUCUACGAGAAUCAGCCCUUAUCCUAUUUAUCGUUCACACUCAAUCACCCCAAAUACAUCAAUGAAAUUUAUCAAAAAGAAAAUUUUGGCAUGAUUGAGUCUGUUCAAAAAUCAUCUGAGUAGGCUAAACUGUUCUUCUAAUAAUUAUUAUCCCCCAAGGAACAGAAGUAAGAAGUUGAAAACAUCAGAUACAUGAGUGUUGAUUUAGGUAACAAUAAUUUAAAUCAAUAAUAAAUAUAUUAGAAAUAGGAUAAUAGGGACAUCUUUGUAUUGAAAAUCAAUUACGAUGUUGAAAAAAAGAAUGAAAAAUCAAAUACUUUGAUAAUGCAAUAACAAUAAAUCUAAAACAACCUAUCCUCUCAAUUUGAUGAUGCUCAAACACUAUAAGAAAAAUCAUUACCAUUAAAUAAUCCUUAAUAAUUUGUACCCACUGCCCAAGCUAGAAAAAACAAGUGGAUUGAAGUGUUAAUCUACUUUCCUACUCAAUUUGAAGCUCUUAGAUUACUUGCAGGAAUCACCUUAGCUUAAUUCAUCAAAUCCAUCUCAUCCACUAAUAUUUGGAGUGCAUCUGGAGGUAAGUCUCAGUCUAAAUUCUACAAAUCCAAUGACGAGCUAUUUGUAUUCAAAAAAUUAGAAUAAGACAAAGAGUUUAUGAUGUUUAAACAAUUUGCCCUAGACUAUUUCAAACACAUGUACAGACACUUUUAUGAAUCCAAACCCUCUCUAUUAAGCAAAAUCUUUGGAAUGUUUGAAAUUAGAGACAGAGGACAAACCGAGUACUUUUUAGUCAUGGAAAAUCUGUAUUUCGGAAUGGGUGAUCCCUCUAAUCUCCUGGUGUAUGAUCUCAAAGGAAGUGAAACCAAUAGACUAGAGAAAAAGAAGAAAGGAGUUCUUUUAGAUACGAAUUUCAGAAUUGACAGAAAUUCAGAACCCAUACCUAUUCUCAAGGAAAAUUACAGAUACAACGACAGAGCAUUCCAAAUCGAUUGUAAAUUCCUAAAUAAGCAAAAUGUUAUUGAUUAUUCAUUAUUAUUGAUCAUCGACUAAAAGUAAAAGAAAUUGAGGAUGGGUAUCAUUGAUUAUCUAAGAUUUUACACUUGGGACAAGGAAACCGAACAUUAUUUAAAAUAUUUAUUAAAAGGAGGAAUGGUGCCCACCAUUGUUAAUCCUGGAGAUUAUAAAAAAAGGUUCAUUAAUGCAAUAUUAAAAUAUUUUAUACCAGUGUGAAUAAAUAAAUUAUUAAUACUUUUCUUUUCAAUAAUAUUAGUAAAAUUUGUCAA